AUGUCUCAACAAGCACACUCACCAUCAAAUGGUGAUCAAUUGUUUUCUACAGCUUCAUCAAAUGUAUCAAAUGGUGAUCAAUCAAUCUGCGAUAGAGCUACUGUAAAUAAUUUGCUGGAUAGGAAGAUUAAUAAAGAUUCAUUACCUUCCUUAGCGGAGAGAAUUGAAGCUAGUUGUGUAUUGACUGCUGUUGGUGAUGCGAUUGGAUAUAGGAAUGGAACGUGGGAGUUUAACUUCUCUGGAGAGAGAAUUCAUAAGGAAUUGAAAGAUGAAUUUGGAGGAAAGAUUGCAAAUAUCGAUACCAAGACAUGGAAAGUAUCUGAUGAUACGAUCUUUCAUUUGGCAACUCUAAAAACAUUGACUCACAAAGAUUUGAAUCAAAUUCUCACACCAAAGCUUUCAAUUGGAUUCAAAGAUGAAGGAUUUAUGGAAUUGGUUGAUAAGAUUAUGGUUGUGAUGGUUCAGGAAUAUGUUGCAUGUUGGAAAGAUAUGGGAGAUAGAUCUCCAGGAAAGAAAUGCAGAGAUUCCAUCAAUUAUAUCAAACAAACAAGGAAGAAUAAGUGGGAUUCAUUGAAUUAUGAUUCUAGAGGAGGAGGUUGUGGGGGAAGUAUGAGAGCAAUGUCAAUUGGAUUGGCAUUUCAUGAUAAUUUGGAUUUGCUAAUUGCUAUUGGAAUUGAAUCUGGAAGAUUGACUCAUAAUCACGUUGUAGGAUUUAUGGGAGCUUUGCAAAGUGCAUUAUUCGCCUCAUUUGCAAUCAAACAAAUAGAACCAAAGUUGUGGGGAUAUUUGGUUUUGGAAUUCAUUCUUCCAAAGUGUAGAUAUUACCUUAAAUCUGUUUCUAAACGAAACUGGAAGUCAAUUGAGCCAGAUUUAAAAGCAUUUGAAGAAAAGUUCAAGAAAUAUCUCGGAGAACGAGGCAUUCUCUCAUUCACCGAUGAAAACAUAGAAGCAAUCAAACCUCAAUUCCCUGAAAAAUAUGGAGUUAUUGAGCGAGACAAGUAUUACAAAUCCUAUUCAUUCUCUGGGUGGGCAGGUAGUUCUGGUGAUGAUUCCAUCAUUGUGGCCUAUGAUGCACUUCUCUCCUCUGGUCCUAAUCAAUAUGAACAAUUGGUAAAGAGAGCUUGUCUUCAUGGAGGCGAUUCUGACACUACAGGGGCCAUUGCAUUGAAUUGGUAUGGAGCAUUGUACGGUUUUUCCAAUGUUUAUGAGAAGAAUUAUGAAAACAUUGAAAAGUUAUCUUCACUUAAAUUGCAAGCACGGAAGGUAUUGGAAAAAAUAGAAAUGAAUUGA